CCCACUACACCACAGCGCCAGCCCCAAGCAGAACUUUCUUUGAUGACAGAGAUUUUCUGUCUCAACUGUCCAAUAUGAUAGCCCCUAGAUUCCUGUGGCUGUAGAAUUCUUGAGAUGACCAGAUACUGAAUUUGUAAUUUGAUUGAAUGAACAUAAACAGCCGCUUACAGCUGGGAUUAUGCAUUGCUCAACAGAGACUUCCAGGGAGAUGGGAACUCACCUCCCCAUCACCGUGUAACUCACAGGAGCAGAAUUCUAUCCUUCUGGUUGACUUUUUAGUUUCUUUCCUGUUUGGUUUCAGGAAGGUAAGGCAGCAGGUAGAGGGAGACGGGGUAAACGGGAGAGGGUGGGGAUGCUGGAAGUAAAUGAAGGCUCCUCUUGCCAUGCCCCAGGACUCCCCACCCUCGGCCGCCACGUGUCAGCAGGCUCUGGGAGUUACGCAACUGGCACAGGUUGCACAGCUGAGAGUUGGUGGGAACAGGAUUCUAGUCCAGGCCUCUGUGAUCUGGCAUCAGGGGCUUUCUUCUGUGAGAUACUGGGCAGCCGGCAGCGUAGCACAGAAACCACCUCUGUGCUGCCAGGGUUGAACAGGGACUGUGGGAUAUGCACCUGACGUCCAGUGGGUGGGGGUGUAACCCAACCCUUAGUGAGAAAACACGCCGGGAUUAUUCAAAGCCUGAAACAGACAACGGUGCCCAAAAAUCUUUUAUGAAUUCAUGCUAUAAAAAUAAUAAUCCACGUGUCAAAGCUUUAGGUUCAUCAGGACAUUACUCUAACAAGAAGAAAUUGGAAAUAUCUGCGUCCUCAUGACGUGGGGAGUGAUCACAAGGGCAUGAUUGGAUUGCUGGUCUGACCUGUGUCGUGACGUCACUUUUUUCUCUCUUGUAUGCAUACUUUUAUUCAGAAUGAUUUGUUGUUUCUUUAGUUUGGGAAAACUUAGAUAGGUCCCCACAAAUCUGAUGUGACUCUUCAAGCACGAAACAUCUUCUCAACUUAAUAAUUAAAGUGUGCAGGCCCAUGCAGGUAGCCACGCCGGGGCACACUGUUCCCAACUGUGGAGGGCCUCCUCGCUCAGAAGCUGGGUUACAGAGCACCUCCACCUGGUGAAGGCAAGUUUCUGUCUCCUGGGAAGUGGCGGGAGGAAGCACCAGGGGAUGCCACCCUCAGCUGGCCUGGUGCUUCUGGUCCUGACUCCUCGGUGGGGGAUUCCAAGGGCUCAUUGGAGGCAAGAAAAUCUAAGCCAUUGACAAUUUGUAUUUCCCCCCAUUUUUUGCAGUUCCCUUCUCUGCACUAUAAAUACUAUUGAAAAUGAAGGAGUAUGUAACAUGAGAUGAGAAGAAGCCUGGGGAAGUCAGUGGCUAGCUUGGGAGCCGACUUGUUAUUGGGAACCAGAGGGUAAAAAGGAAAAUUAGAAUAAAGAGUAACAUAGUAUUCACCAGAACUUCCCCUCUCUUGCCAAGCCUGUUCUCGAUCCCUCUCCUACCUCCGGCAGCACUGGGGGAAGACCUGCGUCUGCCGGAAUUUAAGCCGAGCGCGCACAGAGACGACCAUGGUGCUCUGGAUUCUCCUACUGAUCAUUCUCACUCACGAGGUGAUGGUGCUUCUGCCCAUGCUGGGAGGCCACGAGACCAAAAGUAACGUUGAUGACAUAGAGAUCGAACAGUGCUGGGUGCAGCCUCCGGAGAAGUACUGCAGGCAGAGGUGCACGAAGGAGCACAGCUGCCCACGCCUGAACCACACGUGCUGCUGGACGUUCUGUGGGAACAUCUGCUUGGACAACGAGGAGCCUUUUAGAACAAUGUUGAGACCCUCAGGGCAGGCUGGAGAAUGACUGUCGGUCUUAGAAGAGCGCCCCCUGGCUUCCGGUUGGGACACUCCUUUCUCUAGAGGACCUCUGAUCCCUCCUUGACCUCUUCACCCUGAGCAGGUUCAAGGUUCUGCUAAAUAAA